AAUAUAGCUCAUCAGUCAUCAUCAUCAUCAUCAUCACCUCUAUUUCUUUGACCAUCUCCUCUCUUCAAUCUCCCCUCUACAACUCCUAAUCUCUCCCCUCAUCCAUCCUCAAUGCUGGCCGCGGAACCCCCCACCGCAUCUCCCCACUUCCGCCACCCAAAACCCGGUGGCCGAAUACCUUUACAACCCAAAAACAACAUUUUAAUCAACAACACUUAUGAACCCCCAAAAUCAAACCCACCAAAAAUAACUCACCAACUUCCCUUCCCAUUAUCACCGAUCAUCAGUGAAUCUAAUAAAGAGAAUUAUUGGGAUCUCACUCCCAACAACACCCACAUCAUUGAACCCAUGGAUGCUUCCUUGGCUGAUGAGCUGACCGCGGUGAAGCUGAAGCUGGAGCGGCUAAAGUUUGAGAGAGAUAACACUGAGAGAAUGCUUCAAGAACGGGACCGUAUUCUUGAGAUUCAAAUGACUGAGCUCCAUCGCCGCGGAGAGUUCCAGAAAGAGCUUGAAAUCGAGGUCGAUCGGCUUUAUCGAUUGAAGCAUCUCAAGCUUGCUUGCACGAGGAUGUCUCCAAUUCGGUCACUGAGAGACAAAGAAAUGGAGAAGAAAAACAAAGAACCAAAACUUGUUAAUGAGUGUGAGAAAUCAGGAGGGAAUAAGGAGGAAAUGGUGAGUGAAAACAGCACUGCAGAGAGUCCAACCCCGAGUUUUUCGAGCUCUUCGGCGUCCAAAUCGUCAUCAUCGGUUACUUCCAAGUCGACGGCCACCUCCAAAUUGUUGCCAAUUCGGUUAAGGUUGAGUUUGGAAAGUGCUUUGGAUGAAUGAGUAAUGAGAGUGUAUAAAAAUAUUUAUUGUCAACCAUGGUUGAUUGAUUUUAGAUUUUGUUUCCUUAGCUAAUUCUUAAGUUAUCUUGUUGUAUACCUUCAAAAAAAGUAAGUAUGAUGCUAUUACUGGUGGAUUGGUGAUAUGAAGUUGUUUUGGGAUAAUUGUCAA